CCAAAAUAUCCAGCUGAAAGAUAAACCACCCCCUCUCCCCACUUCCUGCUUGCACGCCUCGUCUCUCUCCCUUAACCAUUCAGAGUGUACAGCAGCCAUCAUUAAUCCAUUCUUUCCCUUCUGAUGCCCCCUCCCUCCUUCAAACAUUAGGAAUAUUUUUUGUGUUGAAUUUUCUUUUGCAUCAGACCCCUCCGCCCCCUUUUCUGUGUUUGAACCACUCCACCCAUGACUGAACCCCACCUCCUUUUUCCGCCCACUCCAACCUCUACCCAUUCUUCUCUACCCCUCCUUCUCCUUUUCUCCCCUCCUCCACCUUUACCCUCCCCUCUGUUAUUAACAACUAUAAAAGAGCGUACUGUCCCCCUCCGCCUCCCUCACACGGUCGGUCGGUGUGCUCGCUGGAAGGGACAGUCCAGAGGAAACUGGGAUUUAAACUGUCUACAGUACCUGACUGCUGCUGGGGAAAUUCCAAUAAAGAGACUUUGGACGAACACCUUGAAAGAAGCGACUUCUCACCAAAGCAAAUUAGCCAAAAUCUGUCAAAAACGCACCAGUUUCCUUUAAUCUGCAACAUUAAAAAAUUGACACAAGUACCCAACGACUUAUCGCAGAAACCAUGAGCAGUAACUACAGCGUCAUUCUGUUGGGCCCCGCCCCCUGGGGCUUCAGGCUGCAAGGAGGAAAGGACUUCAACAUGCCCCUCACCAUCUCAAGGCUGACAGGUGAUGGGAAGGCGGCUAAAGGCGGCGUAGCCGUUGGAGACGUCGUUCUUUCCAUCGACGGGAUCUCUACAGACGGCAUGAACCACCUGGAGGCCCAGAACAAAAUCAAGACCUGCUCCGGCAACCUGAGCCUUACCCUGCAAAAGGCCUCUAGUGUUCAGAAACCUCCUCCUGUGGCCCCUAAGGACGACAGAUUAGACAUCAUAAAACCAGUCGCCAUUACCCACCCAGCUCCUCCAUCCCACCCCCACUGUUCCGUCUCCUACAACAAGGCCCCCAGACCCUAUGGAGGCUGCAGCUCCGACAGCCAGUACUCUCCAUCACAGCCGCCUUUAGCCACAGUCAUCCCCUCGCCGUCCUCAGCGUUUACUCCGGCAUCGUCCCGAGCCAGUCCUCCUCCCGCCCCUCCUCCUCUUCCCCCUCCCUUGGUUUCUUAUCCAUCCUCUGCCUCCUCCUCCCCCCCUGUCCUUGUCCCACCUCAACCAUCCGUGUAUAACACUCCCAUCAACCUCUACUCCACUGAGAAUGCAUGUGAAGUGGCCAUGGGUCAGAGGCGGGGCCUGUUGGAGAGUCAGAGCAAAAACGUACCGCUUCAGUUGAAUGGAGCUCCCAGACAACAUAUUGUGGACACAGACAUCCAUUUUUACCACGUACCUACUCACGCGGACGCCAGUAGAAAGCGGAUAAUGGAGGACACGGAGGACUGGCGGCCACGCACAGGCACCACCCAGUCGAGAUCCUUCAGGAUCCUGGCUCAGAUCACAGGCACCGAGAGCGCUCAAAAAGAGGAAGACGAUUCGGCCAAAAAGACCAAUGGACGGAGUGAGGAACCUGAGCUUAACUCUCAUGAGUGUGCGGUUGUGAAGACUAUGAUCAAAGGACCUCCUCCAACCCAGAGCCACAGUCCACACACAGGUUUGAUCACUCCAACUUUUGGGAUGAAAGGUAAUAAGGUCCAAAAGGGUCCAGUUCCAGCCAGACCUUUGCCUCAGCCUCACCCCAAAGACGAGGACUCCCUGGUCCAGAUGGCAGAACAUAUCCCUGCUGGAACUCGAACUCCCAUGUGUGCCCACUGUAACAUUGUGAUCAGAGGACCGUUUUUGGUAGCAAUGGGAAAAUCAUGGCAUAAGGAGGAAUUCAACUGUGCUCACUGCCGCACGUCCCUGGCAGACAUAGGCUUUGUGGAAGAGAAUGGAUGUGUGUACUGUGAGCACUGCUAUGAAGAGUUCUUCGCUCCAACAUGCAGCCGCUGCCAGGCCAAGAUACUGGGGGAGGUGAUAAAUGCCCUCAAACAGACCUGGCAUGUGCACUGCUUCAUGUGUGCUGCCUGCCAGCAGCCCAUCAGGAACAACACCUUCCACCUGGAGGACGGAGAGCCGUACUGUGAGCAGGACUUCUACAGUUUGUUUGGGACCAGCUGUCAUGGCUGCGAGUUUCCCAUUGAGGCCGGAGAUAAGUUCCUGGAGGCGCUUGGUUACACUUGGCAUGACACCUGCUUUGUCUGUGCUGUGUGCUGUAACACACUGGAGGGUCAGACGUUCUAUUCAAGAAAGGACAAACCUCUUUGCAAGAAACAUGCAAACACACUAAAAAUAUGAAUCCUGGAUCGUUCAUGUCCUCUCUGCUGCCAUCUUCUUUGCUACAGGAGAGACUCCUAUAGGUGUAAGGCUUAGUUUAAGUAAGAAUAAUAGUCAAGCAUUAGUCAUUCCUGCAUGUUGGCGGAUUGUUCUUUGUUAUAAGGAGCGAGACUUUUAUGUUGAUUCAGAAUCUCAAUUUUUUUUACUGGAAAAUGACAGAGCUCUUAAAUAAAUAGUAGAUAUGCUUAAUAGAUUUAAUGCACUCAUACGAUGGACAGUUUGACUGUUGAAAGGAGCAGAUAAUAGAUAUUUGUUUUUAUUAUCUAAAAGCCAUUUUAAUCCCUAAAAAGUAUUCAAAAAUAUCUGUUCAUAGUCGUGCUAUUGGUAGGCUAUAAAAGAGAGAUUUCAUUCGCAUUUGAAAUAAACUGACUCUUAUUUUAUUGCUUUAAAUGCUGUUAAUAAAAUAGAUUAGCACAGCAAAACAGUAAAAAAUAUGACUGCAGAGGAUUUAUUCCUCUGUGUGACUGCAGACGAGGCAACAAUGUAAAAUUUUUACAUAUUUACUUGUACUAUAUAGGGCCAUUUUCAGCAAAAAUAGUAUCUUUGGUUGUAUUUUUUUCAAUUUUGACAACUAGAUGUUUCCUUACUAUAAAUAUAUCCUUUCAAAAAGCGUUCUAUACAAACAUACUCUAUCUCAUAAACCACUUACUGUUGAAUUCUUUGAGGAUUGCUGAACAUAUUUUUCUUUUCAGACCUUUUCAUGCAUUCUUUUUGCAGAUGUAUUGUAUUAUGUCUCUUUUUUUAUGAGUAAUGCAAAAACAUAUAGUUUGUGAGACUGGAGCCAAUGGAACAAAAUAACUGUGCAUUCUUUGUCAUCUAUAUGUGGCUUGACCAUUUCACAAACAUGAUGACACUGGAGUGGGCUAAAACUUACAAUAUAGUAGCAAUAUUUGACAGUGGGCAACAUCACAAGAUGUCCCUAACUCAGUAACAAGAACAUGCUUGAUUUUGAGUAAAUAUAUACAUUUCUUCAAUUUGAAAAAAAAAAA